UUGGAUAGAGAUAAUGGCCCUGUGCUAGCAAGACAUCUCUAAUUUGCUACCACCAUAUUCUUGCAGAACUUGUCUCACAGGUUCUUCUUCGUUCUUCCUAGUUCUAAAUGUCCAUGAGUCAUCCACACUUGCAAGCUUCUUCUUCUUCCACUACCAAACUUGCUACUUCCACCAUUACCUUUAUUCCUUAUGGUGUUUUCAGUGCUUCUUCUGUGCAUAGAUCUCUCCAGCUGGGUGUGCUCAAUUGUUAGCAAACAAAACCCACAUGCUCGAACUUGUUCUGGUAUGAUUUCACGAAUUUAAGGACGAGGUUUUCCUGUCAGAUUCUCUGUUGGUUUGUUACCAAAUUUGGAAUCUUUGCUGUCCCAUUUGCUUGUUUUGGGUUUUGGUUGGUGGCUGGAGAGAAUAAUCAAAUCAAUUUCUUCUUAGAAGUUAGAAAAACCAGACUGAAUCUUGGGAUUCUCUUGUCUUCUUGGGUGUGGUGGAAGUAAAUUCAUUGUCUUUUCCUGGUUUUGGGUGUCCUGUUUCUGCCUGCUGCUGCACACCCGAAUUUGAAGUUAUUUGGGUGUGGAUAAGGGUAACUUCUACCGACACACAUCCUACCAAGAAUCCCAAAAUCUUCGUGGCUGCAGUGGAUUCAAGGUCGGUGGGUUUGUUCUUCCAAGCUUGGAAUUUUACUUCUAAAUGUUGGGUUUUGCUGGACAGUUCCUGUAGAUUUGAUAGUUGGUGUCUCCUUCUCUCUCUCUCUCUCUCUCUCUCUCUCUCUCUCUCUCACUGUUUGUAGUUAAUUUGCUUGGUUUACUGUGGUGGAUGAGUGUUUUCCAUGUAUUUGGGUUCGGUUUAAAGGUGGGGCAUCUGCUUUGGAUGCUAUGUUGCUGGAUUGUAUCUGUAAUUUCCAUGAACUGGUACCUCACUGGUGGGAUUGUGACAGACACCAAGGCAGGAUUGCUUGGUGAAGCUGCCAAUAUGUGCCUCAAAUGGUGGGAGAAAAUCCCAAUGAACAUCUGCAAGAUCCGCUACCAUUACUACCAGUAUAUCGGGUCGAAGAGAGUCCGAAAAAGGUGGUGGAAGGGGCUUUUGUUUACGUGGGUGGUUGGAUGGACAAUUGGGAGCCUCUGGAUCUUGUGGUACAUGAGCUCACAGGCUAGUGAGAAGAGGAAGGAGACUCUUGCAAGUAUGUGUGAUGAGAGGGCUAGGAUGUUGCAGGAUCAGUUUAAUGUCAGCAUGAACCAUAUUCAGGCCAUGUCGAUACUGAUCUCGACAUUCCACCACGGGAAGUACCCGUCUGCCAUUGAUCAGAAAACUUUUGCGCGGUACACUGAAAGAACUGCUUUUGAGAGACCCCUCACAAGUGGCGUGGCAUAUGCUGCAAGGGUGCUCCACUUGGAAAAGGAACAAUUUGAGAAGCAGCAGGGCUGGACUAUAAAGAGAAUGGAUACCCUCGAACAAAACCAGGUUCAUAAGAAUGACUAUGCCCCAGAAGCCUUGGAACCAUCCCCAGUUCAGGAAGAAUAUGCUCCUGUUAUCUUUGCACAGGAUACCGUUAGACACAUCAUCUCUUACGAUAUGCUGACCGGGAAGGAAGAUCGACAAAACGUGUUGCGUGCUAGAGAAUCAGGAAAGGGGGUUCUAACUGCUCCUUUUCGGUUGCUUAAAACAAACCGCCUUGGAGUAAUACUGACAUUUGCUGUCUACAAAAGAGAUCUGCCCUCAAAUGCAACUCCAAAUGAAAGAAUUCAAGCAACUGACGGGUAUCUCGGUGGAAUCUUUCAUAUUGAGUCACUUGUGGAGAAGUUACUUCAACAACUUGCUAGCAAGCAAACCAUCCUUGUGAACGUGUAUGACACUACCAAUCAGUCGCAUCCAAUCAGCAUGUAUGGUUCAAAUGUUUCAGAUGAUGGAUUGCAGCACAUAAGCUCCUUAAGUUUUGGAGAUCCCUUAAGGAACCAUGAGAUGCGGUGCAGGUUCAAACAUAAGCCACCAUGGCCGUGGUUAGCCAUUACAACUUCUUUUGGAAUCCUCGUGAUUGCAUUUCUUGUUGGAUACAUUUUCCAUGCAACUGUAAAUAGGAUUGCCAAAGUGGAGGAUGAUUUCCGUAAGAUGAUGGAGCUCAAGAAACAGGCUGAGGCAGCUGAUGUUGCCAAAUCUCAGUUUCUUGCAACUGUUUCGCACGAGAUCAGAACCCCGAUGAAUGGUGUCCUAGGAAUGUUACAUAUGCUAAUGGACACAAAUCUGGAUGUUACUCAACUAGAUUAUGUCCGAACUGCCCAGGGAAGUGGAAAAGCUCUUGUCUCACUUAUAAAUGAGGUGUUGGACCAGGCAAAGAUUGACUCUGGUAAGCUGGAGCUUGAGGCGUUGCGUUUUGAUCUGCGAGCUAUUCUGGAUGAUGUUUUGUCACUCUUUUCAGGGAAGUCUCAAGAAAAAGGAGUAGAGUUGGCAGUAUACAUCUCAGAUCAGGUUCCUGAUAUGCUUAUUGGUGAUCCCGGAAGGUUUCGGCAGAUUAUCACCAAUCUCAUUGGGAAUUCAAUCAAAUUCACAGAGAAAGGACACAUCUUUGUCACGGUUCAUCUUGUCGAGGAGCUGAUUGGCUCGAUAGAUGUUGAGACUGAAUCAUCAUCGAAGAACACCUUGAGCGGUUUCCCUGUAGCAGAUAGACGCCGCAGUUGGGGAGGAUUUAGGUGUUUUGGUCAAGAUGGAUCGACGAACCAAUUCUCAUCCUCUGACCUCAUCAAUAUUAUUGUAUCUGUUGAGGACACAGGAGUAGGAAUCCCUCUAGAAGCACAAUCUCGUGUUUUCACUCCUUUUAUGCAGGUGGGACCAUCCAUCUCACGUACACAUGGAGGCACAGGAAUUGGGCUAAGCAUAAGCAAGUGUUUGGUUGGCCUCAUGAAAGGGGAAAUCGGGUUUGUGAGCAUUCCCAAGAUUGGUUCCACUUUUACAUUUACUGCUGUUUUCACCAAUGUCAGCUCCAAUUCAAACGAGUUAACAAUCCAGCAAAUGAACAGCCAGUCAAAUGCUGCAUCCUCAGAAUUUAAUGGCAUGACGGCAUUAGUAGUGGACCAAAGACCUGUUAGAGCCAAGAUGUCAAGAUAUCAUAUCCAACGGCUUGGAAUUUGUGUUGAAGUAGUUUCUGAUUUGAAUCAGGGUUUAUCUAGCAUAAUCUCUGGGAAUACCACCAUCAAUAUGGUCCUUGUUGAACAGGAAGUCUGGGACAAAGAUUCGAGCACCUCAGCUCUCUUUGUCAAUAAUUUACGGAAAAUUGAUGGACAGGUUCCUCUAAAACUGUUCAUUCUCACCAAUUCUAUAAGCUCAUGCAGAAUAAGUUCUGCAACUUCAGGUGUCUCUACCCCAACUGUCAUCAUGAAGCCUCUCAGGGCAAGCAUGCUUGCUGCCUCACUACAACGAGCCAUGGGAGUUGGUAACAAGGGAAAUCUCCGGAAUGGGGACCUCCCAAGUUUGUCUCUCCGCAAUCUUCUGCUCGGGAGAAAAAUUCUUAUUAUAGAUGAUAAUAAUGUGAAUCUCAGAGUAGCUGCUGGUGCUUUGAAGAAGUAUGGGGCUGAGGUGGUCUGUGCAGACAGUGGUAAAAAGGCCAUCUCACUGCUUACGCCGCCCCACCAUUUUGAUGCCUGCUUCAUGGAUAUCCAGAUGCCAGAGAUGGACGGGUUUGAAGCUACAAGGAGAAUACGCAACAUGGAAUGCAAUAUCAGUAACCAUAUUCAGCAUGGCGAAGUUUCUGCAGAGGAUUAUGAAAAUAUUCAAGCAUGGCAUGUACCCAUUCUGGCCAUGACUGCAGACGUAAUUCAGGCAACCCAUGAGGAAUGUACAAGGUGCGGAAUGGAUGGAUAUGUUUCAAAACCAUUCGAAGCUGAACAGCUUUAUCGCGAAGUUUCACGUUUUUUCCAAUCUACAACAACUGGGAGCUUGGAGUGAGGACUUGAAUUGAUGAGUUGCAGAUGGCAUAAGCUCAGGCAUCGUUUCUCCAGGACACUGUAAAUGGAUCCAGAAUUUUCCACGGAGAGAACAUGUCUUUUGUCACAGAGAGCGUAUAUCGGAGCCCUGCUCGAUUACUUGGGAUCCAAGUCGGUUUUUCUUUUCCCUUGUAAUUUUUCGAUGGGCCAGAUAUCAAAGCCGGUUCAUUCUCCUUGUACAGUUGAUCCAUCUCAAGAACCGAUGACUUGAAAUCCCGAAUCAUUUGGGGGUGAAAUGGAAGCUCUGGGUUUGGAUUCCGGUUCUGAUUCCGAGUUUAACGAUGGAAGUUUGCAUCGUUGAAGAUAUAUCACACUUUUCUUAGCACCAGUACUAUGUAUAGAUUGAUUUGGCCGUGAGGAGGAACUUCUGGAGCUUAUCCUGGGAAGAUGUUGGAGGAUCCACCAUGUACAUUUGUAGAGUUUGAUCAAAUGUAGGAUUUGACGUCAACUAUACAAUGUUUGGUAAUUUGAGAAAAUCUCAUUAUUUUUUUGUCUGAUUUGUACCUUUCAAAGAAUAUGUUGAAAACAUGCUUAAGAGUUAAAGCCUGAUCAUGUCAUUCGUAGCGGCAUCUUUCAGAGUAUUUAUUUUAGUUCUGUCCAAAAUUAGACAACCUUGUUGAAAAUCUGUCAAUUAUUCUAUCGAAGGGAGGGUUGUUUUGUUUCA